AUGUCGGCUAGCAGGUUAGACGCUGUGUACAGGAGUAUACUUUUAACAAAAUUUUUUACUAAAGGAUGGGGGAAACCGGAGAACUUACGAAGGUUAUUCGAGUUCAGAAAAGUGGUUUCAAACCGCGACGAAUGCUUCAAAUUAGUUGAAAGGGACUACCCUGUUACGAUUACAAAGCAUCAAACACUAUCAGAUUGCCAACUGUUUGAAGGCUACUUCAUAACCCCUUUGGAACGGUAUCUACCUGGAAUAGUGCCCAAAAUAGCACAAAAAGCACAUUUUCAAGCACUCCUGCCGAUCCACUGGGCGGAAAAACAUUGCAAACCUGUAUGUCUACAUCUAGCUGGCACUGGCGACCAUUUUUUCUGGCGACGACGCAAUCUGAUGGUGAAGCCGUUGCUGAAGGAAGCGGGCAUCGGCGGCAUCAUACUGGAGAACCCGUUCUAUGGUCUGCGCAAGCCGACUGAUCAAGUUCGUUCCUCGCUGCACAACGUGUCAGAUAUAUUCGUGAUGGGCGGCUGUUUGAUCCUGGAGUCGCUGGUGCUGUUCCAUUGGUGUGAGCGCAACGGACUCGGCCCGCUCGGCGUCACCGGCCUCUCUAUGGGCGGGCAUAUGGCAUCAUUGGCAGCUACAAACUGGCCGAAACCUCUAGUCCUGGUCCCAUGUCUGUCAUGGUCAACAGCAUCUGCAGUAUUCUUACAGGGUGUAAUGUCUCAUUCGAUAAACUGGGACCUACUAGAGGACCAAUACUUAUCAGACGGCGAGUAUAGAGAAAAGCUAUCCAAAAUGGUGACCAUAGUUGACGAGGCGUUCCUAGCCGGCAAGAAGUUCGCACGGACAUACUCACAAAACAUAGACAUACCACAAGAAAAAACGGACAAAAAUGAAACGAAGAAAGAAUUAGAUAUAACCUACAAAGAAAAUGCUGUACCAGAUAAUAUAAUAGAUAUUAACAAAGUGCCUAAAAAUGAAGACAAGAGCCAAAUCGAGAAUAUACAUGAAGAAUUGAAAAUGUUAUUGGAUGAAAACAAAAUUAGUUUAGAGUUGUAUAAUAAAUUGACAUCGAACGAGAAGUUUGUGUUGGAGCCGGCUGACAUCGAUGCUAUCAACAAUAUGACCGAGCCACAGAUCAAGGAAGUGUUGUUAAAGUGUAAAGUUGCCGACCUCCAAGAACUAGUAGUGACAAUACAAAAACAAUCAGAAGCGAAUAAUAAUAAGGUUCGAUCUGCAGUACUAAGUGCCAAACAAGACGUAGUAGAAAGUCCAAAGCCUCUAGAAAACCCUUUGUCAACUGUACAACCACCUAAAGAAGAAAUUAUAAAAAAACCAGAGAAAUCAUGGAAUUUCACAUCAGAUUUGUGGAUAAAUUAUUUACCGUUUCUAAAAUCGAGUGCUAAAAGUGGGAAGAAGAUAGAUAUAAGUAAAAUACAUUGGAGAGACAGAGAGACCCUACAGUUCAUGAGAGGUAUUAUGGACGAAUGUACGCAUCUUAGCAACUUUUCCGUACCUUAUGACACUUCGUUGAUCAUUGCUGUAUGCGCAAAACAUGACGCGUACGUGCCCCGUGAUGACGUCGGUACGUUGGAGGAGAUCUGGCCCGGCGCUGAGGUGCGAUACGUCGACGCGGGACACGUGUCCGCCUACAUACUACACCAGUCACUGUUCAGAGCCUGCAUAAAAGAAGCAUUCGAGCGAUCAAAGAAAAGAUGGCGCGACGGCGGACAUAUCAACUGA